AUGAAUACAAUCAAAAUAUAUUGUUAUAUUGUUUUCAUUUUUCUCAGUAUAACAGCUCAAAUCAAAUCUGAAAUCUGUGAGAAAACACCUCAAUAUGGUGAAUGUUCAACAAACAGUGCAUGUGGAUGCUUUCAUGUAACAAGUGCUAAUAACGAUGCAGGCAUUUGUGGUUUUCGGUGGUUAGCAUGUUCUCAUCUUGUACUGUGUAAUUCACCAGACUAUUCAUGUUCUCAACCUAAUACGACGUGUGUUCAACAUCCACAAUGUAAUAAUCUUCCUGUUUGCUAUCCAGUUACAAUGACUGAUCAAAGUAUCUGUCCACCAAUGAAAAAUAAAACAAAUCUUAAAUGGAAACAAAAUGCCAUCACUAUGGCUGGUGGAAAUGGACAAGGGCAACAAUUAAAUCAAUUCGAUCGCCCUCUUGGAAUCUUUGUUGAUAAAAAGAAAAAUAUUUUUAUUGCCGAUUGGUGGAAUAAUCGUAUUGUUGAAUGGAAGUAUAACGCAAAGGAAGGACAAAUCAUUGCAGGCGGAAAUGGCAAAGGAAAUCGAACGAAUCAAUUAAAUCUGCCAACAGAUAUGAUUGUUGAUCAACAAAAUCAUUCGAUCAUCAUUGCUGAUUUUUUUAACAGCCGAGUGACUCAAUGGAUGAAUCAAAAUCAACAAAUUCUCAUUCAGAAUAUUUUCUGUAAUGGUUUGGCAAUGGAUAAAAAUGGAUUUCUUUAUGCUUCCGACGUUGCAAAGAAUGAAGUGAGACGAUGGGAAAUGGGAGAAUAUAACAAGGAAGGAGUUGUGGUGGCUGGUGGAAAUGGAAAAGGAAAUCAACUCAACCAGCUUGAUUCUCCUCGUUUUAUCUUUGUCGAUGAAGAUCAAUCUGUUUAUGUAACAGAUUGGGAGAAUCAUCGUAUAAUGAAAUGGAGAAAAGAUGCAAAAGAAGGGAUAGUUGUAGCUGGAGGAAAUGGUCAAGGAGGAAAUCUUAAUCAAUUGUCUGUUCCCCAAGGAGUAAUUGUUGAUGAUUUGGGUCAGGUCUAUGUGGCAGAUUAUGGAAAUGAUCGAGUAAUGCGUUGGUAUGAAGCAAAAGGAGAAGGUGAAAUUGUUGUUGGUGGAAAUGGUAAAGGAAAUCAACCAAAUCAAUUGAAUGGGCCUAUGAAUUUAUCUUUUGAUGAUGCAGGAAAUCUUUAUGUUGCUGAUUCUUCUAAUCAUCGAAUUCAAAAAUUUGAAAUAGUUUUCUGA